AUGUGCGUAAACGUUGAAGACCUGGAGUCUUUUCGCCCGUUACCUUGGUGCAAAACCUACCUCGACCCUGCCCGAUACUCACAAAUUCCUGGGAUAACACGCAAACCAAACGAGCAUUCUCGGGCCAAUACACUUUUUACACGCACUCUACGCUCCUCCGAUUCAAUCAGAGCCACGGUUUCCCUCUCUGCUAUUCCUGCCAAGCCCAAUGAUCCCAUCACCGAGGCCGUCACACUUAUCUCUCUGGGGUCGGACUUGAACGGUUGGAGUGAUACGAUACAUGGUGGAUUCUUGGCCGUCUUAUUGGAUGAGUGCGCUGGAGUGCUCCUGGGCUUGAAUGAAGGGUUUGGCGACACUGAACCAGCACGCGUCUACACGGCUUAUAUAAAUAUAUCGUACAAAAAACCUGUUCGAACCCCCCAAGUCAUCGUUGCAAAGUCCAAGCUCCGCAUCAAGACGGGACGGAAGAAGGUUGUUGCAGUGGAAAUUCUCGAUCCAGAAGGCGCCGUCCUCUGCAACGCAGAAACAAUGUUCAUAAAGUCCAAUACAGCGGCGAAUCUUUGA